UCAUGUGGGACCAUAACGUCUGAAAGGCAAAUAGCUGCACGUGCACCGGGUGGCGCGGGGAAGCCGCUUUGCGUACGCUGUAGCUGCUGAUUUCGGCAGCAAGUCUGAAGGGUUGUGGCAAGGUGGGGGCGAGAGAUGAAUUGGGGCGAUGUUUGCGGGCAGAACUGGGAGCGAAAGACUGCUGGAAUGCAUCCAGGAUGGGUUUCUGAAUGUAUGAAAGCAUUAUGUAACUAACAAAAGGUUUUAGGAAGGGAGGGUGGUGCUCUGAAGGAGUUCCCCCAUCUCCCGUGGUCAGCGGCAUCUUUGUCAAUUUCGUAAUACAAAUAGCCUCUUAUCUUUUUUUUUAAAUCAAGGCCCAAGACUUUUAAGUCAGACUUGAUUUUUCUCGCCCCCUGGCUUUCUUUUCUGCCAAAGCCAAAGGUGGUUUUCUAAAAGAUGACCAUAGAGGAUCUUCCUGACCCUUCUGAAGAAGGUGUUUCAUUGAGUAGAAGAUACCAGUUUUUUAUCUCAGGCUCCGAAGAUUCAAUUACCCAUUCAGUCUCUGCUGCACCAAUGCCUUCAGAAUAUGAGUUCUCCUUUUUCGAUCCAAAUGAUGCAGCAUGUCGGGAAAUUCUUUUCAACCCCAAAACUUCUGUAUCUGAAUUAUUUGCUAUCUUAAGACAAUGGGUUCCCCAAGUUCAGCAAAACAUUGAUGUGAUAGGAAAUGAGAUCAUUAAGAGAGGCUGUAAUGUGAAUGACAGAGAUGACUUGACUGACAUGACUCUCUUGCACUAUACUUGCAAGUCAGGAGCUCAUGGAAUUGGGGACGUGAAAACAGCAGCAAAAUUUGCCUCCCAGCUUAUUGAGUUGGGUGCAGAUAUCAGUUCGAGGAGUCGCUGGACAAAUAUGAAUGCUCUGCACUAUGCUGCCUAUUUUGAUGUUCCAGAACUCAUUAGUAUCAUUUUGAAAAAUGCAAAACCAAAAGAUAUUGAUGCCACCUGCAGUGACUUUGAUUUUGGAACUGCCUUGCAUAUUGCUGCCUUCAACCUAUGUACUCGAGCUGUAAAGUGUCUAUUGGAACAUGGUGCUAACCCUGCUUUUAGGAAUGACAAAGGGCAGACACCUGCUGAUGUGGUUCCUGAUCCAGUAGAUAUGCCAUUGGAAAUGGCUGAUGCAGCAGCCAGCGCUAAAGAAAUCAAACAGAUACUUUUAGAUGCAGUACCUCUGGUUUGUGACCUUUCCAAUAUAAUGCUUCCAAAUUAUGAUAAUGUCACUGGAAAAGACAUGCUUGAAUUACUUGGCCUAAAACUGGGAGAUCGAGUUGUCAUUGCAGGACAGAAGGUUGGCACAUUACGAUUUUGUGGCAUGACAGAAUUUGCCAGCGGGCAGUGGGCUGGUAUAGAAUUGGAUGAACCUGAUGGCAAAAACAACGGUACUGUUGGAAGAGUGCAGUACUUCAAGUGUACUCCAAAACAUGGUAUCUUUGCACCACUCUCUAAAAUAAGUAAGAUUUCUGGACACAAAAAAAGUACAAAAGCGUCUUCCUCACGACCUUUGCCUAUAAUCAAAUCCAAGAAAAUUGAUGUAACCCACAUAACCUCUAAAGUGAAUUCUGGUUUAUCCAGAAAAGAUAGUACUUCCAAUUCCACAUUUGUAAGCAGUGAAGAAGUAAAGAAAACUGUAUCAGGUAAACAAGCAAAUUACCUUGGAUCCAGUAGCUCUUCAUCCUCAACUGUAUCAUUAGACAGCAAGCUGAAUUGUCCCAAGAAAUGUAAUUCCACAAGUAAUAAGGAAAACAUGAAAGACCACCCAAUUUCAUCCAAAUCUAUGGCUGAAGGAAACAAUACUUUUCUAUCUGCAAAGAAAAAUGCAUUUGAGGAAGGGGAAAUUCAGAUUGGAGAAAGAGUACUGGUGGUCGGACAAAGAACUGGAAUAGUUAGAUUCUAUGGGACAACCAAGUUUGCAUCAGGGCUUUGGUAUGGCAUAGAACUGGAUAAACCUCGUGGCAAGAAUGAUGGCUCAGUUGCAGGCAUACAGUAUUUCAGAUGCCCCCCCAGAUACGGUGUUUUUGCACCACCCUCUAGAGUGCAAAAGCUAACAGGAUCACUAGAAUCUCUCACAGAUACUUCAAAUAAAAUGAAUCAUUCUUUCCCUGGUUUCCAACGAAGUUUCAGUACAAUCUCUGCAGCUUCACAAAAAGAGAUAAACAGGAAAAAUUUCUUUGUCAAAUCAAAAAAUUCUUCUUUGCGUCGUAGUUGGAGCAACACUACUACUACAAGCACAGACAGCCCAGUAAAAUUACAUGAAGGCUCUCAGGUCCUCCUGAGCAGCUCCAGUGAGAUGGGCACAAUUCGCUACAUUGGGCCCACCAGUUUUGCUCCAGGCAUUUGGCUUGGCCUGGAACUUCGGAGUGCUAAGGGCAAGAAUGAUGGCUCUGUGGGUGACAAACGAUAUUUCACUUGCAAGCCAAAAUAUGGAGUCUUGGUGCGCCCAAGUCGAGUAACUUAUCGUGGGAUUAAUGGAAUGAAACUUGUUGAUGAUAUCUGUUGAAGAACACUAUUUUUCAUUAAGAUGAGGUACUAACAAAAACAGAUGAGGAAAACCUGACUUUUACCUGCAUGGAACCCCAUCUUUACUUAACAUCCUAAAGCUUCGUGACUCUAAGAUGUUCACAGUUUGGAAGUGUGCAGUGACUGAAGAAUGAGAACUUAGUAGCUUUCACUAUAAAAUAUUUCUUGCUUGAAUACUUCUUGCAUUAGAAACAUCUUGGAUUUGAGCUGCUCUGUUACUCCAAUAAUUUCCAUUAUUCGAACUAACUCCAUUUUGACAGGCUUUGUCUCUUCAAAAUGAGCUUUUCAUCCUGUAUUUUAGUGAAGCUAUAAUGCAGCAAGAGAUCAUACAGCUUGUUAAAUAAUUCUUUAAACUGCUUUCUCUAGAAAAAAACAAGGUAGAAAAACAACAGUGAAAGAACUCUGGGAAGCUAUUAGCUUUAGACAGUUCCCUGAAAGCACAAAAUGAUCAGUUGAAAAAAAUCCUGAAAAGCAGAAUUUGCCUAUUUGACAUGACAUGGAAGCUACAAAAAAUGUAUAUUUUCAGGUUUCCAGCAAAAGCACUUUUAAACUGUGUGUGUGUCUGUGUGUGUGUGUAUGUGCGUGCAUUUGCGUGCACACUUUAAAAAAAGGUAUGCCAGAAGCACUUUCAAAAAAAAAAAAAGCCUUUGGGACAUUUAGUAUGCACUUUUAUUUCCCUUGAAGUAUUUUCUGUGAUCCUUUGGAUAAACUAUUUGGUACGUUGAGGCUGUAGUCUGUAGCUUUGCACCAGUUGUAUGUGUCCCAAGCACUGUAUCCAGAAGUGGUUAGGUGAUCAAUAAGUGUUAAGGUCCUGGAGAAAUAUGUGCUUGGAUGUACAACCCCUCCUGCUUCUGAAAACAUGGACCUUCUUGCUAUGGCAGGUGGGAAGGAAGUCACGUGGUGUGUGAUAGCAUUCUCAUCUUCAACACUCCAGGAUAAUUUGAUCAUGACUGCCUUUUGGGAACCGAAAUUGCAGAAAUUCUGUGGAUGUAUUGCUAUAUUUUCAAGUGGUUUUUUUGUCUACCGCAGGUGCUAGCCUGUUUCACAGACAAUACAUCAAGCCAGAGAAGAAUUCAGCUGAAUAGAAUAAUACUUAGCCUUCAGGCCAAUUGAAGCCAACAUGGAUGCCAAAAGAUUAUUUGCAAACCUAUGGUUUGCUACCUGCAUGCAAAAUACAUUUAAGGAAAAUAGUAUUGACAUUUUUAUUAGAAAAAUGUGUGUUUGAUAUACCUUUGAAAAGAAAUGUAAAACAUCUUUUAAAGCAUUGGAUAAUUUAACUCUAAAAUAGUUUUGCUUUAAGUAAUUAACCACAAAAUAAUAAUUGGAAAAACAAAUGCUCUACAAUUGUUCGAAAUAGUUUAAUAUAUAAUACAUAAUAUAUUAAUGAAAAGCCAAAGAAACCAGAAAAUGGUUUAAUUCUUCAAAAUGAAACAUCUUGUCAAACUGCAAUUAAAACUGUUAACAAUUUAAAGCAACAUUAAGGGGUUUUUACAAGAUUUAUUUAAUCUGUAUAAAAUGUUUAUGAUAUUUUCAGCUUUGCUAGAAGAAAUUUUCCUGAUUUAUAUUUCUCAUGAAAUAGUAACACUGUUACUCUCUUAUUAAUGAAUACUUUUGACUAAGGGGAAUAGUUACAUAACAUGGCUAUAAGCUUAUUUUAGUAGUAAGAUCAUGUAAAAAGUAGCUAAUGAAUUUAAGGAUGAAGUUGCAGCUUGAUGCUUGAUACUUCCUAAUCCAACAUUUUCUUUAAUAGUUAAAUUUUAUUUUGUUAUUAAGUUAAUUUUGAUAGAAAUUUUGUUACUAAGCAUGGUUGUGCAAAUCCUUUGAAAGAGGUGUUUACAAAGCACCUCUCUUCUAAUUAGCUAAAUCCUUUUCAAGGCUCAUGAAGCUCAUAUGCUUUUUGAGAUUCAAGAGUUGUACAUGUACAUGUGUGUGUAAAACAAGUUACUAUAUUAAGCAUCACGAAGCCUAAGAAAAGAAGCAGCUGCCUUAUGAUUCCAAGAGGUGCCACCACCAGUAAUACAUAAUAAAGCAGAUGUUUUAAAUUUCUAUUUAUGUCUGUAAAACCUGAACUCUCAAAGAAACUCAAGAGCAACAAUGUAAUCACUGAUAGGUUCUUUGGUGCUCAUUAAGCAAUUCAUCCCACUUGAAUUUAAAGAUUCUUUUAGUCAAGCACAAUAAAUGGCAAUCUAAUAUGCUACAAAAUACCAGUCUCAUACAUUAACUAUAUUUCCAACAGUGCCUUUGGGCGCCACAGAGAUCCAGCAAAGUGCAGGGCCUCAUUUGCCUUUAGAUAAAGUCUUCAUCAUCACCGCUGCCAUGGUGGCAUCUGUUUUAUAGUAUUGCCCCAAACAUGCUCUCAAAAUUUCUACGUAUUCUCAUCGAACACACCCCUCAAUGAGAAACCUUGUUAACAUUUUAAUUGAUCCGUAGAUACCUUGAUGUUGAACAUAUUUGUACAUUCCUUGUAUUCUGUAUCUUUUUCAUUAUAUUUCUCUUUCACCCAUUUCAUAUUUGACCACUGAAGCUUCCAAGGAAAUGCUUAAUAUAAUUAAAGAGUAAAAAUAUAUUGAUGCUUUUGGAUGCAGCAGUCCUGUGACCAAUUAGUGUAUUUUUGCAGUAUUUACAGAUUAUCAUUGUAUUUGGUUAAAUUUAUAUCCCUCAAUUAUUAUCGUUACCUUGGUGAUUGUAAUAAUAGUUUGCUUCAAUCACGUUGUUCAGUUUCAUGGAAUGUUAAUCAGUGCAAUUUUCUACAUAACAACAAACCCUGCUGAGUUUAGGGUAACUUAUUCCCAGUUUAGUAUAGGAUUGUGUUGUAUAUUUUUAGACAGACUAUUGUUAUACAAAAACAUAUAUAUAAUUGCUAUGCACAUUGCACUAGAAAUGAACACUUCGGGGCAAUAAUUUGGAAAAAGUACUUCAGACUUUAAUGAAUAAUUGCAACAUUUUUUUUUUUGACUUAUGCAGAACUCUGAAAAAGUUGACUUGCAUUAAUGUACACCAUGUUUUUCAGAAAAUAAGACCUAUCCCAAAAAUAAGCUCUAGCUUGAUUUUUACAUGGGCACCUAAUACAAGCCCUACCCCCAAAAUAGGUCCUAGUUAAGACCCCACCCAUUCCGUCUCACCGUCUGGUUGCACGAGGUGGGUCGAGGCGCACUCGUAAAAGUGAAAGUCUUCUGCUGGUGAAACAGAGGCCAGGGGCAACACGUGCGUCAACCUGGGGCUCCGUUCUGGACUACAGAGGUCUUUCCUGAAGGCUUCUGCCAGUAAAACAGAGGCUGAGGGCAACACCCUCAAGCAGUGGCCACAUAGGCUCCUGCUGGACAGGGCUGUUGGUGCCACUGCCGUGAGGCGAAACAUUGGAAAAAAUAAGACAUCCCUGAAAAUACGACCUAAUGUCUUUUUUGGAGGCAAAAAAAUACAAGACCAGGUCUUAUUUUCAGGGAAAUAUGGGUAGUAGAAAAGGCAUGAGCUUGUGCCAGACCUUAAACAUUUUUUCCAAAUUAUUUUCAAAGCAUAUAAACAACCCUAGUAUAUGUACCUAAUAGAAUGCAGCAGCUAUUUUGUGGUUUCAUCGGAUAAAAUUAUCAGAAGCCAUGGCUUUAUGAUAUAUUACCGUAAAUGCUGGCGUAUAAGACGACUUCCGCGAGCGCUGAAAUCGACGCCAAAGACGGGGGUUGUCUUAUACGCCGAGUCGUCUUAUACGCCGGAAAUACUGGUAGUUUCCGGCGUAUAAGACGACGUUCUAGGAAUGCGGCCCGGCUAUAAAGACGGGGGUCGUCUUAUACGCCGGGUCGCCUAAUACGCCAGCAUAUACGGUACUUUCCUUGACUUGUAAAGCCUUUCAACUUUGAAGUGGUAACUUUGUUAUUACUUGUUUGAUCCAAAUUAGAUUAAGUAUAGUUUCUUAUUUGCUAACUAAUAUCAAAUCAGUGUUGGUGUAUUAGGAAGCUAAAUUAAAUUAAUAGAAUGCAUGCUAAAGACUGAAAGAGUGAAUCAUAACCACAAAGAUAAAUGUUGCCACUAUGAUACUUCUGAAAAUAAAUGCUAAGCCAUGCAGAAAUAAUUUUGGAAGACUAACAGUGCCACUGGUUUCCAUUUCCAUUGGGUUUACCCCCUGAUAAUUCAAUCUAGGAUUGAAGAUUGCAUAAUUCAGUUUGUUCUAUUUUAGAGAAAUAGAGCCUUACAUCAGGAACACUCAGAAUCAUACUGGAGUUUUGUGGAAUCCCUUAGAAAUUUUGAGUAUUCCUUGAAGCCAUGUAUGGUAAUUAUUAUUUUUUGCUUGCUUUCAACUCAGUCUGAACUCCUGGCAAUUAGUUACAAAUACAUGCAAUCUAGGCCAGUGGUUCUCAACCUUUUCUUCACCAUGGACCCCCUUUAAAUACCUUUUUGUGGCCAUGGGAGCCCAAAACUUAACUCAAGAUUUAAAUCAUAGCAUUUCUUCAAGCUUUCGUUGACAUCCUGCUUUGACAUCGCCCCCACCCCCAGGGUUCCGCAGAGAAUGAGUUGAAAACCACUAGUCUUGGCAAUAACUUUGGCAGUGAUUUACCAUUACUUCCUAGGGUUAGAUUUUGGCUUCCAUGCCUGAAUCAGGAUAAAGACUCAGGUUUCCCUGCUCCUAAGUCAGCAUCUUAACUUUUAGAGCAAACUUUCUAAUCAUAAGUAGUGUGGGACUGCUUUAGAUGUUGUUUUACACCAUCAGCAAUAAUUCCAAUUGUUGAAAGUAAGUGUAAGGUUGAAACUUUUAACAAGAGUUGUAAGUUGUAAAGCUGCCUUUGGGGCAUUGUGUGGAAAUAUACUGUAUAAAUGAAUGAAUAACAUUAAAAAUGUAACUACUUUCUA